AUGGGAAUUCGAAAGCGCAAUGCCCCAAAGGCGGCAGAGCAAGCUCCUCUGACAGAUGUUCCGGAUGAAUUGCAAGAAAAGGCCCAAGAAGUGAUGAAAGACAACUUGGAAAUGAUGAGAGACAUUGUUAUGAAAAUCCGGGAGGACCCUGAUUUUGCCUCUGGAAUUUACAAGGAUUGUCCACGCUUGCAGCACUUGCUGGAUCAGUAUCCUGAUUUGAGACCAGUCUUUGAAGACCCCAAACUUGUCAAGAUUAACUUUGAGACCGUCUACCGUGAGGCAGGUGGUGUCUUGCCAGGCGAUGAAGAAAAGAAGCAGGGAUGCUGGAAAUGGUUUGUCAACUCUCCCUUCUUCAAGGUCGUCAAGUUUCUCCUGUUUAUCAAGAAGUUGAUGGGAUGUAUCGCCGGUGGAGGUUUUGCCUUGGUGACAGGUGCCAUCAUGGGAUGUUGCUUUGAAGAUGCUCUGGAUGAACUCGAUGGUGACGGAGAUGGGGACGGUGAUGCCGAAGGUGACGACUACGAAGGCAUGGACGAAAACAAACGUGCCCUGAACCUAGCCGCGGAUCACAUGGAAGACCCCGAAGUCCAAGAGAACAUGCAACGGCUGUUGGACGAUCCCGACAAUCUGGAAGAGAACAUUGAAAAUGACGAGGAACUCAAAGCACUUCGUGACUCGAAUCCCUUGUGCGAAGAGUUGAUGCAAGAUCCCGAAACCAUGAAGGUCUUGGUGGAUCCUGAUAACCUUCGUGCUCUUGGAGAAUGUCCCGAACUGAUUGAAGCCGAUUUCAUGGACCCUGAUGGCUUUGCUCCCGAUGAUGUCGAGAUGCAAAAUAUGGAAGGCAUGGAAGGCGGUUACGAUACCUGGGAUGGUACGGGUGGAGACUUUGAUGACUUUGAAAUCGAUGUCGAUGAAGAUGUCGAACUCGAUGACGAUGGAGUUGAUGGAGGAGAUGAUGACCUAGAUGGAGAUGAUGAUGGCGAAGACGGCGAGGAAGAAGAAGAGGAAGGAAACUGGUUCGAUGAUGCCGAAUUGGAAGAACAAGAACCCGAUGAACCCGAUAACGAUAACGAUAACAAGGGCAAGAAGGCUCAAAAGAAGCCCAACCGUUCCAGAGCAGCAAAUCAAGCAGAUGCGCCGGAAGACCCUGGCAAGAGCAAGUUCGGUGGUAUCAUGGCAUCCAUUGGAGCCGCUGCCACUGAUCUUAUUGCGGCCCAAAUUGUCGGAUCCGUCAUGGGAGACGUCGACAUUGCCGAAAUGGGAGACAGCGGCGGCGGUGGUGGCGGCGAUCUUGGUGGCUUGGGAGGCGAUGAUGGCAUUGGCAAUGCUGCCGAAAAUGCUACCGAAGUUGUCGACGAUGAUGUCGCAGGAGUCGCUGAAGAUACUGUCGAUGAAGUGGACGAGAAGAAGGAAGGAGCAGAGGAGGAAGACGAUGGCAAGAAAAAGAAGGAUGGUGGUGCUGCUGCUGGAGGCGCCGCUGGUGGUGCCGCUGCCGGAGCUGCCGUGUCGGGCAAGAAGAGCAAGAAGAUGCGUGACAUUGAAGAAGGAGAAGGCGAAGAGGAGGAGGAGGAAGAAGAAGAGAGCAAGACCAAGAAACGAUUCGGAGGCUUUUUGGACAAGGCUAAGGAUCUUGCUGCUGCCACCGCCACUGCUGCCAAGGAGACUGUAGCUGGAGCAGUUCUUGGAGAUGACUGGGGUGAGGCUCUUGUCGAACGCAUGGAAGAUGGCGGUGAUGACGACGAAGAAGAUGAUGAAGAAGAAGGAAGCAAGGAUGGUGAAGAUGAUGAUGAAAAGAAGAAGAAGGACGGUGAUGACGACAGCGAUGACAAGAAAAAGAAGAAGAAAUUCUUUGGACGAUCCAAAAAGGACUAA